GCACUUUAAAAGAGAUUGAGGAGCUUAAAUUGUCGGUGGCCAAGUUGAAGUUGCCCAAGGAACACUCUCCGCGCAUCUAGAAGCCAUGUCCAAGAUCAAGAAGUUCUUUUCGCGGAAGAAGGAGGAGGCUGCUGCCUUUAAACUCAAACUCACGGGCAGCUCGAUGGGCGCAGGUCAUAAGCUGAAUUCCACCAAGACGGAGGCUCCUUCAAGUAGUUCUCGUCAAAAGUACGAGGCCUAUGUUCCACCAAAGCGAAACGAUUUAAGUAACGAGGCCAGGGCAGCGGCCAAUGCUGCACUGGCUCGCAUUGAUAAGAAGACAUCCAGGGAAUUUAACACCUCGUUGUCGGCGGUGAAGGCCCAGGCUAAACGGGAACUGGAGGCGGAGCGUCGGCAAAAGGAGGAGGCGGAGGCCACGGCCUCUACCAUCAGUACAUCCACUUCUUCUUCCGGUGGUGACAACCGUAACCUGGCCUGCGAGGGCGUCUUUUUCCGCUGCCCCAUGAUCAGCGAGGAAGUUUUACCCAAAAGCGUGUGGAAGGCCCGCAUCAAGGAGUUCCUGUACCAGCAGCUGGAGGGGGAUCGCGGCCUCACUGGCUGCCUCAUCAUCCACAAUUGCAAUGUCAAGGAGAAGGCCGACGAGUGCAUUGCCACUCUUAUUAGAUAUCUGGAGAACCUUAUCAAGAAUCCCGAGGAGGAGAAAUUCUGCAAGAUUCGCAUGUCCAACAAAAUCUUCAGCGAAAAGGUGCGCUACGUGGAAGGUGCCCUAGAUGUCCUACAAGCAGCCGGCUUCAGUGAGGUCAAGAUCGAUGAGGAGCAAUUCCUGUUGUGGACCCGAGAGCAAACGGAACGGGAUCUCGACUUGCCCACGCUGGUGGAAGCGCUCAAGAACUCGGAGACCAUUCCCCUGGAGCUGGACAGGAAUAUCAAGGUUCUACUUCCAUCGCAAGCAAGGCGUGUUGUGCUACCCGACGAGUUCUAUCGCCUGGCACCGGAGGAGAUCAAGAAGGAGCAGCAGUUGCGUUCGGAGGCCAUUGCCCAGUCCCAGAUGCUGAGGACCAAGGCAAUGCGGGAGCGUGAAGAGCAGCGCAACUUGCGUAUGUAUCGAUACGCUUUAGUCAGGGUUAAAUUUCCCAACGGACUCUUUAUUCAAGGCACUUUCAAUGUUUAUGAGAAAAUAGCCGAUGUGUUUGAGUUCGUGCAGUCUUGCCUGGCGGAUGAGAGCCUGGAUUUCAGCUUGGUGGCCACCAGUGAGGGCAAACUAGGCGAAGAAGACCUCGAAAAGACUCUAUUCGACUGCAAACUCAUUCCCAACUCCUUGCUGCUGUUCAGUGCAAACGGAGUGUCCGCUUCCAUAGAAGCGGAUCUAAACUACUUAAAGGAAGAUCUUCUGAUGCUGGUGCAGGCUAUGUAGAGGUGAUCUACCAUCUAAUCAGCGGUCUUGUCCUUACAUUAUAACGGAGCUGUUGUUAUUUAUUACUUUCAAAUCUAUUAUUCAAAAUCAAUUAUAACGCACUUUUGAAAAAAAAAGAACGUGCUUUCAAACAAUUCAA